AUGGCGGUGCCGUGUAUAAAUGGAGGGACGGGCGCUGUCCAGCCACACUGGGGUCGCAUCUCGUCUCCUGCAGCAGUGGAAGACGCUUUCAGGCAUCAUGAUCGCCUUAUUCUUGUGACUGUGGCUGUGGUAGCCAUGGCGUAUGUGGCAGCAGCUGGUGGAAGCUAUGGUGGAGGCGUGGAGGAUUUGGAGGCAUGGGGUGGUGGAUUUGGAGGCAGAGGAGGUGGAUUCGGCGGCGGCCGAGGCAGUGGUGGAUAUGGUGGAAGUGGAGGCCGAGGUGGAGGUGGGAGCGUAAGCAGUGGAAUUCUGAUCGGCACCGGAAGGCUGUCCGGAGGUGGAAGUGGAUUCGGUGGCGGUGGAUUCGGUGGCGGUGGAUUUGGAGGCGGCAGCGGAGGUGGUGGAUUCGGUGGCGGUGGAUUCGGCAGCAGCAGCGGAGGUUUCGGCGGCAGCGGAUUCGGCGGAGGAAAGGACGCGGCAGCUACGGAAGUAAGAUGA